CUUCUUUAAAAUAAGAAUAAAUAAAAAGAUGUUAAUUAAUUAAGAUUUAAUACUAAUUAAUAUUAUUAAUCAAAAGUAAAGUCGAUAAGGACCUGAAUCUCUCCAUAAAAAUAUAUAUAUAUAUAUCUUUAAAUAUAUUGGUUAUGAUUGCCUAAAGUGACAAAAGGUUGGAAAGAUAAAUUUUAAAAUAAAUUGAAAAAGCUUAUCUGUACUACAAGAUAACUUUAGAAGAAGUCAUGCAUUCCGUCACUAACUGGAAGCAUUUGUUUUAAUUUUGCUUUAAAUUCGUUAAGAAUUUCAUGAGUUUUAAGUUAAGAAACAAUGCCUAGUUGCUUUAAAGAUGUAUACCCUAAUACUCAUGUAAUUAUAGACUGUACAGAAAUAUUUAAUGUGAUGCCAACUAGCUAUCGCACUCAGUCAGCAAUGUUCUCAAAAUAUAAACAUCAUCACACAGCAAAGGGUUUGAUUGGUAUUGCACCGAGUGGUGCCAUUACAUUUGUUUCUGAUUUAUAUGCAGGAAGAUCAAGCGAUAAACAGAUAACAAAUCACUGUGGCAUACUAAAAUUAUUAGAAAAAGGUGAUAGCAUGAUGGCAGAUAGAGGUUUCGAUAUCGUAAAUGACUUACCAAAAGGAAUAAGUCUCAACAUACCACCAUUUCUUGAAGGCGAUUUUCAACUUACUUUGGAAAAAGAAUUAGAAACAAGAAGAAUCGCAUCUGAAUCAAAAACUACAAAAUAUUACAAAACACAUUUCCACUUACAAUGGCUGCUGACAUGAACAAAAUAUGGGUCAUAGUUUGUUAUUUAGUUACUUUUCUACCACCUCUAAUAAAAACUGAUAGCAAAUAAUGUAACCAGACAAAAAAAGAAACAUUUUAUAAAUAUUGUGUAAAUAUUUAUUUUACUUUAAAUAUUUCUGUUGACAUAAAUUUGAAAUAAAAAUCUGUUAACUCUGGAAAAAUAAUUGUAUUCGAUAAUUCCGCAUCAUAUUCUAUCAUUUCGAUGUGCAAUGACUUUUCUUGUGUAUACAAUAAAAUCAAUUGUUUUAGUUUCUGUUAGUGCCAUAAUGCCUUGACACUGAUAGUAAUAAGGAUGGUUUAUUUUUAAUUUUGGAGCACCAUUGUUAAAUUUUAAAUAAAAGUUUUUAUCUUGACACGCUUCUUCAAUUGUUAAAUGUUUUUUUGAAGAAGGACAUUUCACUUCAAGUACUUUUUCAGCGCUAACUUUAUGCGGUAGUGGUGUAGUGGUAGAGCGCUCGCUUUAUAAACGAGUGGUUCCGAGUUCGACCCCACCACGUCCCUGGUAGUACCGCGCUCAAC